AUGUCUAUGCCUUUAGCUCUCGCUUCUCUUUGCUUGCUUCUUCUUUUCAAUGGCUGCCUGGCUUCCCGCCAGCAUAUAUUUGGCCAGAACAAAGAGUGGCGGCUCAACCAGCUCGAGGCCCGCGAACCCGACAACCACAUUCAGUCUGAGGCCGGUGUGACCGAGUCAUGGAACCCCAAUGACCCGCAGUUCCAAUGGGCCGGUGUCGCAGCCGUUCGACGCACCAUCGAGCCCAACGGCCUUCACCUUCCCUCUUACGUCAAUGCUCCCCAACUCAUCUACAUCGUCAAAGGUAGGGGUGUGUUAGGAGCUGUGUUUCCUGGGUGUGCCGAGACUUUUGAGGACUCUCAGCCGCAGCAAUUCCAGCAGCAGCAGCAGCAGCAACAGUUCCAGCCCUCUCGCCAAGAAGGAGGACAGGGACAACAGCAGUUCCAGGGCGAGGACCAGCAAGACCGCCACCAGAAAAUCCGACACAUCAGAGAGGGUGACAUCAUCGCUUUGCCCGCCGGUGUCGCUUACUGGAGCUACAACAACGGCGAACAGCCUCUCGUGGCUGUUUCUUUCCUUGACCUCAGCAACGACCAAAACCAGCUCGACGAAGUGCCCAGGAGAUUUUACCUAGCUGGCAACCCACAAGACGAGUUUAACCCAGAAGCCGAGUUUUACAUACGACAAGGCAAGCAAGGCCAGAAAGGCCAGCAAGGCAACGGCAACAACAUCUUCUCCGGCUUCGACACUCAGCUCCUCGCACAGGCCCUCAACGUCAACCCAGAGACCGCGAGGAACCUCCAGGGCCAGAACGACAACAGGAACGAGAUUAUCAGAGUGCAGGGCCAGCUCGACUUC